GCUGGGCCCUUUGGGGUAGAAGGGGGCAGUCUUUUGCUGGCUCCAAAAGUUAGUCCCGGGGUAGGGUAGGGUCUAUUGUGAUGAUUACUACAAGAGGUCUGUGAGAUAGGACCCCCUCCCCACAAACCCCCUCCUUAAUUACGGAUUGAGGAGGGGGAGGGGCCAGUGGGGCUCAGGUGAGCACACGGGGAGAAAGGGACAUGGGCGGGGCCUUACAGAGGGUCAGCGAAUCCGAAAAGACCUAAGCCCUCGUUGCUGGGCGACAAGUCCCGCCCCGCAGGCGGCACCGGAAGUGGCAGGCCGGGAUCAGCCUUUAAGAUGGCGUCUCCUCAGGGGGGCCAGAUUGCGAUCGCGAUGAGGCUUCGGAACCAGCUCCAGUCAGUGUACAAGAUGGACCCGCUACGGAACGAGGAGGAGGUCCGAGUGAAGAUCAAAGACCUGAAUGAGCACAUCGUCUGCUGCCUGUGCGCUGGCUACUUCGUGGAUGCUACCACCAUCACAGAGUGUCUUCAUACGUUCUGCAAGAGUUGUAUUGUGAAGUACCUCCAAACCAGUAAGUACUGCCCCAUGUGCAACAUCAAGAUCCACGAGACACAGCCACUGCUCAACCUCAAACUGGACCGGGUCAUGCAGGACAUCGUAUACAAGCUAGUGCCUGGCUUACAAGACAGUGAAGAGAAACGGAUUCGAGAAUUCUACCAGUCUCGAGGCUUGGACCGGGUCACCCAACCCAGUGGGGAAGAGCCAGCCCUGAGCAACCUCGGCCUCCCUUUCAGCAGCUUUGACCACUCAAAAGCCCACUACUAUCGCUAUGAUGAGCAGCUGAGCCUGUGCCUGGAACGGCUGAGUUCUGGCAAAGACAAGAAUAAAAGCAUCCUGCAGAACAAAUACGUCCGAUGUUCUGUUAGAGCUGAAGUUCGUCAUCUCCGGAGGGUCCUGUGUCACCGCUUAAUGCUAAAUCCCCAGCAUGUACAGCUCCUUUUUGACAAUGAAGUUCUCCCAGAUCACAUGACCAUGAAGCAGAUAUGGCUGUCCCGCUGGUUUGGCAAGCCAUCCCCUUUGCUUUUACAAUACAGUGUGAAAGAGAAGAGGAGGUAGGGGCCAAGCCCCCGCUACAUCCCUGUCCCCUUCCUUCCCCAGAUAUUUAUGUGAAAUAAACUGUGGCUUUAUUUUUUGAAAUAAAAACUUUAAAAAGCA